AUGGCGUUGCUGGCCUCUCCGAAGAAGCUGGACGAUCUGCCGGACGAGAUUCUUCUCCGCAUUCUAUCAUUUCUAGAGCCCUACGAUUUCCCCGGACUGCAACUCGUAUGCCGAAAACUUCAAAAAAUCUCCCUCGACAACAACCACUGGCGAUCAAGGACGUUUGAAGAGUCACCAUUUCUAGAAUCGAUCCGACGGCGCCGGCGCCUGACCCAUUCCAUCCAGGACGACGUCAUCGACGAGCCUCUCCUCAGCGCUGCCGUGCAGCUAAGCCAUGAGCAUGGUGAUACAGAAUUGUCCCCGCACUUCCACGAUGAAGAAACGGCAGAGCAGCGCCAGUUGCAGCGGCACAGGGAUAUGGUGAACUGGGACCCCUCGUUUCCGACAGAGCCUGUCUUUUGGUAUAAUGAAUAUAUACAGCGGUAUGCGCCUACCACAACGAGUUGGCUGCAGCAGCCCAAGAUUCGAGACGGCAACGAGGUGGAUACUCUGGAUGUCCGAGGAAUGGCCCUCUAUAGCCCGAAUCGAGAGAGUAACGAAUUGCUGGCUGUAUCGCCAUUAGACGACGGAUCCGUGUGCCUGUGGGACGUGAAGGGCGCGACAAGUCGGAAAGGCGCCAUCGUUGCGACGAGUUCGGCAGGGAUUCUUUACCUCGACGGUCCUCAAACUAUGGGGAGGUCACGCAAGAUCGAUGUCGGGGUAUCGGAGUGCAUCAGCGUUGACAGCUUCGCCGACAAGGCCUUUGUCGCAGUCCAGGGUCAUAUUCUAGAAGUGGACCUCAAUCGCCUGGCGGUCGUCGGCGAGCAGUCGUUCGAGUGGUCCAUCACGGCCUUAUCGUCGGCCGCUCCAGGUCUGCCACUGACCGUGGGAACUUCGUUGGGGAUACAUUUAUACGACUACAGAGCACGGGUAAGGCCACCGAGUGAAACAAUUGACCAGGUCGACGUGCUGGCAGUGCGUGGAGGAAGUGGGCUUUACGCACAGAGGCCAACAAACGUAUUCGACGACCCGCUUCCGCCGUACGCACCGUUGUCACAACCGACGCCCCUAAGCAUUUUACAUCUACCCAAGCCAUGCGAUGAAUAUUCCUUUUCGGACGACAUCUAUGUGGCAGGUCGUUUUUCAAACAUCCUUCACUAUGACAGACGCAAGUUUCCCUCCAUCGUGGGCUCCAUCCACUCGGGCGCUCGGCUGGCCAGCCUCGCAUCUCUCCCGUAUCCCUUCUCCACGCUGGACAGCGAAACACGUCGGAGGAGCGACUUGUCCGCCGAACAAGUGAUGGCGUCCAAGACGAGAGAAGGCGGCCGAACUCUGAUUGCUGGUGGUGAAUACAACACCAAGGGCUCACUCGAGUUGUACGGACUGUGCCAGCGCCCGGGCGAAGUGUCGGCAGAUCUCAUGCAGAAUUCCACGAUGAAGAAUCGGCAGACGUCUUCGCAGUCCAAAAUUCUCUCGGUUUCGAAUCAAGGUACUCGCAUUGUGUUCUCGGACGGCUCCGGGCUCCUGAAAUGGUUCGAGCGCGACGGCUUCACCGAAGUGAGGCGGCACAAGAUUGGCCACAGCGAAGUUUUGGAACGGUCCUCUCUUUUUGCGUCAAUGCCUGGUUCGGACGACCUUGCCCGGAAAAUUUUGUCGACACAAACGCGCAACGGACUGGACAAUGUCAACGAUGACGAUAUCUUGUUCUGGACAGGCGAGAAGCUUGGGCUCGUCAGUUUCUCUGGUAAGCCUGGAUUCGCCGCAGACGACUUCGACGAUCCGGUGCUCAAGUCGGAGGAAAAGGUGAAGGUGGAGGAGGCAGAGAAAGAGUAUGGCGAGAGAAUGAGGUUGGCCCUUGAACGGCAAGCGGACGACGUCCGUUUCGUACAGGGUCUGGGCUUGGGUUUAAUGGGGUAA